AUGUCACUCGUUAAACAAGGAACGUCCAAGGGCCGCAAGGUCAAGAUGGCAGACCCUAAAGAUGAAGGUCUCCCAGUAGAUCCAGAAUCAGUGGAAGAAAGCAUCAGGGUCGAGGCCGGGCACAUCAUGGCCUGGAAGAUUGAACAAAAGUCAAUGCAGCUGAUUGUUGAGCCACCGACACAGACGGAACUUGAAGAAACACGACUGGGAAAAGCGUCUAAAAAGGUCGCUGAGAAAACUCAGGCACAAAAGGACCAGGUACAAAGGUACUACGCGUUUGACAGAUGUUUCGAUGAUGAUGCUGAAAAUGACGAAGUUUUUGGCUACGUGGCGAGGGAUAUCGUUCUGGAUGCAUUCAAGGGAAUCAAUGGCUGCGUGUUUGCAUAUGGACAAACUGGGUCCGGGAAGACGCAUUCCAUCAUGGGAGUAGCAGAAGACCCUGGUAUUUUGCCACGAUCACUUGCAGAGUUUUUCGACUGCAUGUCGGAUUCCUCAUUGCUUCAAGAGGAAAUGGCGGAAGCUGCUGCAGAAAAGGAAGACACGCUAGAGCAAGACCAGCUUCAAUCUCCCCGAAAGGCGGAAGCCCUUGAGGACGGCGAAAACAGAGAGUAUCUCAUGAGGGUAUCAUACGUGGAAAUAUACUUGGAGCGAGUGAAUGAUUUGUUGCAAGAAGGCCCUCGUGGCGGAGCAGUGGAAAACUUGGAUGUCAAAGAAGAUCCAAAGAAAGGCUUUGUGGUAGUGGGCCUCCACGAAGAAGUGGUGGCCUCAAUGGAAGAAGUAAUGACCAUUUUAUCCAAAUCCCACGUCGUAUUUUCUAUUACUCUGGAAUCCACGAGUACUUUUGAGGAUGGCACAAAUGUUAGCCGACGAGGCGAGCUGAAAAUAGUCGAUCUGGCUGGAAAUGAGAAAGCUGGCAGAGCCUCAGAGGGCAUGGAAAAUGCAAAGCUGGUCCUCGAAGAGGGAAAAGCUAUCAACAAGUCCUUAUUUCUUCUUUCCGAGGUCAUAUCCAAACUUUCAAAGCAAGCACAGCAGCAAAGCGAUGACAAGAAGGGGAAGAAAUCUGAGAAGGAUGUAUAUAUUCCAUGGCGUGACUCCAAACUUACUCGACUUCUUCAAAAAGCUCUCGGGGGCAACAGCCGAGCAGCAGUGCUGGUUGCUGUACACCCCUCUAGUCGUUACUUAGACACAUCGUUUUCAACGCUUCGCUUCGCGAUGAAGUGCAAAGAAAUAAAGAAGAAGAUCUGCGCAAACUUUUUUUCCCCGGAACAGUCACUUAUUGCGCAGCAGAAAAAGCUUAUCGCAAUGCUUCAUUCACAACUUAAGGAACUUUCUGAGGGUGGUGUCACCGCUGGAGUGUCUGCGAAGCACUCUGUGGAGAACGAUGAACAAAUCAGAAUUCUAAAGAAUGAUUUGGAAAGCAAAGUGGCAAAGUUCCAGCAGUUCAUAAUCAAAGCUACAGCGUCACCUGCCCCACCCAGUGCGGCAGGUGGAAGCUUGCAAAGGGCGCGUACACUGCGCCAGCCCUCUACAUUCCGAAGAAUGGAAACCCUAGCCGCCGCUCGAUACGGACUUCGUGACAUCGACGGCCUGAACCAGGCUGAGUCUGAAGACCCAGGAGUCCGUGCAUCCAUGACGCACGCCCUCAGCUUGCUGGGUCGCUUCGGUCAGGAUAUAAAGCACGAUACUUAUGGCACUCUCCGCUCAUCGUCUAGCGGCGAGUCGGCUGGUGGCGUCUUGCGGUUCGAGACCCUGGAACACUCCAUAGAAGGGGCGUUGCAGGAGCUUGAGUUUAUUGACGAUAAACCACCUACCCCAGCCGAAGACGCUCUGAGCUGCGAAGAGUCAUCUGCUACCGAGACUUCAGAUCACGAGGCAGCACCAGAAGCUGAGACAGAGGAAGCGGGGGCUGGUGUGCAAACUCAUGAUGGAGUUGCCAUUGAGCGCAAGGGGAAGCACGCAAAGGCAGCUGGAACUGCGGCUAAAACAAAGGUUGCUCGAACGAAAGGGGAGAAGAAAGCCAAGGUAAAAGUGUCGAAGGCCGUUAAGAAGGGACGAGCACUUGCUCCUUCCAAGCAAGCCAGUGAAAUCCUUACCGAUCAACAGAUAGCGGUAGAGCCAUCAACAGUAGAGGAGCCUGUGGAUCAUGAGCGUGACACCAGUGAAGCUCGAAAAUUUAGGGCACUCAUCCUCAAGCAAAAGGCAGAGAGGGAAGGCUGGGCUGCUAAGUUAAAAAGAGCGAAGGAAAUGGGCUUGGAGGUUGUCUCAAAAGUUCUCUACCGAAUGCAAAACGAGAAGGAAGCGCUUGCAAAAGCCAAGAAGCGCAGCACAGAGUUGAGCAAUCAGAUCCGCCACAUUUGCGCCUUGAUGCAUCGCCUGGGUCUCUCAGUACUCAGCACGGCCUCUGCCUCAUCAAGGGCCCAGGAUGGAGCGCUGCUCUUUCGAGACAAAGAAAAUGAAUCGCUGAGGUCCUUUCUCGACCGCGUUAGAGAAAAGAGAGACUCAGAACCGCUCAAUCUUGCAUCAGGCUUGGGGGAUCCCGUCGGGGAAGCAGCCAGGGCUCAAGGCUUUCUCGAUAUUGAUCAGAUACGUCCCUUGGUCUACGCUGCAAUAGGUAGUGCCCUAUCGCGAGUCAUGUUGGCGGAGGUGAUUGAAACGGCUAGUGAAGACGAUGGUGAAGUCCAGCAGAUGGAAAGCAAGGAGCAGCAGUCGCCACCCCUUAUGGCUCUCGCGGCUUCCGUUGCAUCUCAGAAGGGUUCAUCUAGCCAAAAUGACGAGGGAGCUAGUCCAAAAGUUCCGGCUACCGAAAGCGAAGCUGUCGGUGCUUUGGAGCUAAUAUUUUCCAAGCAGAUCACCGCGGAGAAGAGCAAGACAGUUGCGGACCCGGAGACAGCUAAGAUGGUGGAGAGCAAGAAGGAAGAGACAGUGGAAUCCAUUUUGCAGGUUCUUCCACCAUGGGAGCAGCACAUGCUGGCACUAUUGUAUGAGCAGCAAGAAAUGAGAAAAGCUUUGGGUCAACUCCGAGACCAUUUUACUCAGAAGCUCAAGGAAAUUCAGGUUUCAGUCAAAAGGGGCCUGCUAGAGAGGAUCGAACUGACUGAACAUUGCGAUAGAAUGCUGGCAGCCCUUUGGAGCUUUAAGGCGGAACUUACAGACUCAAACUCUCCAAACCGCGUAGACAAAGACACAAACGCAAAGUUCGGAAAACUGAUGGCCAAACUUGAGGAACUCUCUAUUCGGUUGGCCGAGCGGGACAUUGACUACAGGCUCCUUUCUGAGGAUUACAUAAACGUGAAAGGGGAAAACGCAACGCUUUUAGAGAUAAAUCGCGAGCUAAAGGAAGAAAAUCGGUGCCUGUUGAUGAUUCCUAGGACAAUGGCUCAUUGGGAUGAGCUUAAGGCCCAUGAAGAUGAUGUGGAAAAGAAGGCCCUGUCAAGGGACGUCCAUAUGCUGCAGGGGUAUGUGUCUCAUUUGCGCUUGCGCCUUGAAGAAUGCCGAGCUGUUGAGCUGGAUGUGAGGAGGCUGAACCAGGCGCUCUACAUGGAGCUUCUUGCUGCAAAUACAACAAUAGCAGAUCUUCAGGAUCAGAUUAAGUUCCACACGAGCGUAGAUCGACGCGAAGCUAAGCUUCUAGAGGAACAACUGGUCGCGGCGAAUCAGGCGGAGGCAGAAAAAAGUGAGAGAAUCCGAGAGUUGGAACUAGAAGUCUCUUACCUGAAGGAGCAACUGGAAGCUGCGACUUCCAAGCCGGAAGUUGAGGAACCCGAAAGAGUGCUGCAAGCUGAACCCGUGGAAGUGACUGCUGAUGGCGAACAUGCAGUACCGCAAAAACGAUCAUUGAGGAAGAGCCUUGUCUCGACAAAGUCGAGAGUGAAGUCAAAGGUGGUUGCGCGAGCUUCCUCAGUGGUGCCGUCGCCAACCCCCGUUGCUGUGCCCGCGAGGCAUAAGCAGACAUCAAAGCGCAGCUCUGCGUUAGUGCAGGCUGGUGCUGACCGAGGUUUAGUGAAGCGUGAAACGCGUGCUCCCUCAAGAGCCAGUGGAGGCGCUGCAAGGGCCGACAAGCCCAUCUCUGCAAAGGACGCCGAGGGUUCAAGGCUCAUUAAAAUUGUAGCACCGGAGGCUCAGUCCAGCGUUGUUCCUGUUGAAAAAGGCUCCUCUCUCCCACAACGGCAAACACCCUCCAGAGAUGCCUCUCCCAGCCCUGCAGCAGAGGAACCACCGACCUUACCCAGUGCCGACACUUCCGCAAUAGGUAGCAAAAUGGCAGGCAGAGCUCCAGCCUUUACAGGCGAUCCCCGCAACAAAGGCUUCGCGAACAUGAUGGCUUCACUUGGCCGCAGGCGUAAAAACGGCGCUGCCUAA